UAAAAAAAAAAAAAUAGUUGAGGAACACUUCCUUUUUUUCCUUACAAUAACUUCAUGGCUUCUUCAACGGGAGUGUUAGGACAAGUCGCUCACUUUGUCUACAUCUGGCUCCCGAAGACAACUGGGAAUAUCAACAAGAAGAGGAAAGAUUUCCGACAGAGUAAAAAGCGCGUAAAUAUUUCUGAACCCCUCGGCGAUAAGACUGAAACCAGCUCUCCAAUGCUGGCCGUUUUGAAAAGCUCGCAAGGUCUUCCAAGUACCCCGAAUACCUCAAAGGUUUUGAUUCUACGAGCUUCGCCGAACACAUGCAAGGGACAGGAGGAGCAAUCGGAAGAUUUAUUCACUUGCAACCUUCAGGUUGUUGGAUACAAGUUUUUAUCAAACGAAAAGAAAAUGUGUAAACGUUCAGCUCUUAAGAGAUGGUUGCAAAGAAAGACAAAUGCGGUUUACCAGGAAAAUAUAUCUUGUGAUGGACAGUUUGGUAGCGGCAGACACAAUCUCUGCUCAAAAGAGCUCUUUGAAUGUUCACUGAAGCUUGACGAUUCCAAAUUCCAGGUCAGCCGUCCUGGUCUCAGAGGGAAUAGGAGACUGCCCUCACGGAGGACGUGUCCGCGAGAAGCAACAAACCAAACGAUAAACGAAGAACUUACCGGCGGAAUGAGAUCAAGUGUCCUCGACCUUGGCGAAUUAAUCUCUGUAACAAAAGUGAAACCUUCUUGUGUGAAAUAA